AUGUCGUUCGAGUUAGUUUUUGCUGUUCCGAUGGAAUGUGAAUCAUGUGUCAACUCUGUUUCAAAAACGUUAACACUGGUGGAGAAUGUUUCGUCGUAUGACAUCAACUUGAAAAAUAACAUCGUCACCACAAAGGGUACAGCGCCUCCAUCAGAGAUUGUCAAAGCCAUUCAGAGUACAGGCAGGGACGCAAUAAUUCGUGGAACUGGCCAACCCAAUUCCGCUGCUGUUUGUAUCUUAGAAUCCUUCGAUCCAAAAGAUUAUACCCAGCCUGUCAAAGGUUUGGCAAGAAUUGUGGGUGUUUCACCAAAUUCGUUAUUCAUUGAUCUUACAGUCAAUGGAUUGCCAAAAGGUACUUACUUCCCAUCUAUUAGAGCUUCAGGAAAUUUGCUGCAAGGAGCAUUGUCUACUGGAGACUUAUUUUACCAGUUGGACCCAAUUGAGAUCAGCCAGGCAUCGUCAAAUGACACCGUAAUAAAUUCACUUGGUGCAAGUCAAGUCGUGCUGGAAGGAUUAUGCUCAGGACAAAGUUACUUGAAGGCAGACUUAUCCAUCAAUGACUUAAUAGGUAGAAGCGUAAUAUUGUCCAGAUUGGAUGGAAUUGUUACGCCAGAUUCAUUGUGUGGGGUUAUUGCCAGAAGUGCAGGAGCUUGGGAAAAUGACAAGCAGGUUUGUAGUUGUACAGGGAAGACAGUUUGGCAAGAGAGAACAGAAGCUGUAAGUAAGGGAUUGAAGACUUAG